AUGUCCGUCAUCUCGUCUCUCCUCUUCAUCCUUGCCACGUCAGCUGGGGUCAGUGCUCAGUUGAAGCUUAGCAGGACCUACGACAAGGACAACUUUUUCGAUCAGUUCUUUUUUCGGGAUAGAGCCUACUUUCAGAAACUCAUCAGGGCCAACGAACCAACCAACGGCUUUGUCGAGUAUGUCAGCCAGACAGAGGCAAAAAACUCGGGAUUGGCCGAAUACCGCGGCAACCAAAUCUACAUUGGCGUCGACAGCAAAGAGCGCGUGUCCACCAACGGCGGCAUUGGCAGGAAGGCCGUGCGGCUAGAGUCCAAGCAGACGUUUGACACCGGUCUCCUGGUCGCUGACAUUCAGCACAUGCCCGGCAACGCAUGCGGUACCUGGCCAGCCUUCUGGACCUUCAACUUCGAAGAAGACCCAUACAGCGAGAUUGACAUUCUCGAAGGCAACGGCUCGCCCACCCAGGACCGCAACACCGUGUCCCUGCACACCUGCGGCACCUGCAGCUUCCCCAGCCUGCAGGGCCCGGAUCUCAGACAAGACUGCGACCUGCACGCCCGGGCAAACUGCGAGGGCGGUAACAAUCCUGGCGGGUGCGGCGUGGAUGGCGCCAAGAGCUCCUACGGGACCAGCAUGAACGACAACGAGGGCGGCGUCUACGCCACGCUGCUCGACAGCUCGGGCGUCAAGAUCUGGUUCUUCCCCCGCUCAAAGAUCCCACAAGACCUGGCCAGCGGCAACCCGACCCCGACCGUGUCGGCGUGGGGCGCGCCGCAGGCAAACAUGGAGAGCGGGAACUCGUGCAACGUGCAGCAGAGGUUCAGCAACCAGACCAUUAUCAUCAACACGACUUUUUGCGGCGACAUCAUCGACAACUGGGACCAGCAGACCCAGGGCUCGCCCGAGUGCCGGUCUGCGCCGGGCGGGACCUGCGAAUCGUACGUCGGUUCAAACCCCGAGGCGUACAAGGAGGCUUACUGGUUGUUCAACUCUAUCAAGCUCUACCAAUGA